ACCUUGCAUUUUUUCAUUUCCUUCAGAUUCCAAGAAAAACUCCCAAAUCCCAAAUCAAAUCUGAAAAAUGGCCGCCGGAUCUCCACGCGAAGACAACGUUUACAUGGCCAAACUGGCCGAGCAAGCCGAACGCUACGAGGAAAUGGUUCAAUUCAUGGAGAAAGUCGUCUUUUCCACACCGGAAUCCGACGAGCUCACCGUUGAGGAACGAAACCUCCUCUCCGUCGCCUACAAAAACGUCAUAGGCGCUCGCCGUGCUUCCUGGAGGAUCAUUUCCUCCAUCGAGCAGAAGGAAGAGAGCCGCGGUAACGCUGACCACGUCGCUGCAAUCAAGGAGUAUAGAGCCAAGAUUGAGGGCGAGCUUUCCGAGAUCUGCGGCGGGAUCUUGAAGCUUUUGGAUGAGAAGCUCGUGCCGGCUGCUGCUACCGGUGAUUCCAAGGUGUUUUAUCUGAAGAUGAAGGGAGAUUACCACAGGUAUCUCGCUGAGUUCAAGACUGGAAACGAGAGGAAAGAGGCUGCUGAGAAUACGCUUAGUGCGUAUAAAUCUGCUCAGGAUAUAGCAAAUGCUGAACUAGCUCCAACUCAUCCCAUCCGGCUAGGACUGGCUCUGAACUUCUCGGUGUUUUAUUAUGAGAUCUUGAAUUCUCCUGAUCGUGCUUGCAAUCUUGCCAAACAGGCUUUUGAUGAAGCCAUCUCGGAGCUCGAUACACUGGGAGAAGACUCAUACAAGGAUAGCACUUUGAUAAUGCAGCUUCUUCGUGAUAAUCUCACUUUAUGGACUUCAGAUAUGCAGGAUGAUGGAACUGAUGAGAUCAAAGAUGCAUCCAAAAAAGAGGAAGAGCAAAAGCAAUGAAGUCACUUAACUUAGUGUUAUGAUUUACCUCUCCACUAUAUGUUUUUUAUCGGAGAAGUAGCUUGCUCCCACUACUUCUAUUAUAAGUUUUUUAGUAGGUGUACUUGUUUUAUUAAGCUUGGAAGUAUUUUUACUUCUUAGUUUUUUCUUUUUUAUAUAUUUUUUAAAGUUCCAAGGAGGUCGCAAAUGCUUGAAUUUUAAUUGUUUUUGUGACAAUAAAUGAACUAAUGACCAAGAUUUGUUUUUCCCUCUUUAAAGUCCAAGCUUGAUCAUUUGAAGAUGUAACUUGAAAUUUUUAGAUUGAUCUUUGUGACCUGUUAGUUUAAUGAUAUAUUAUGUUUGUCAA